UAAGGUUGGCAAAAAUUUAAAGAGUUUGGACUCCUUGCAUUUGGGUGUAAUUUCAUUUCAUUUGUUGAGUCACCAAAUGAUACUUUCUCCCUAAUUUCCUCCCUUCCAUUCAUUUCCCCUCUUUCACUUUCAUUUGAGUUUUCUGUUUUUGAUAAAAAAAAAAAUCUUUCGUUCUCCUCCCACUCUCUUGAAGCUAUACUCUGAGCUUUCUCUAUUCCAUUGACGCAAAUUCUGUGCAAUACCAGGGUUUGAAGCUUCUGCUACCUCUAAUGGCGAUGGAGCUCCGGCGCUGACCCCAUUUUUGUUCAGGGGUUUUGCAGUUGACUCCUCACGGUCUCACCUUGCUUUCCAUGUCACUGAUUUUCGUUCCUACACUUGGGAGGCUCUUCGCUCUGUCCACCAACUCGAUGACAUGCGAUUUGAAAGCUCAAUUACGGACAUGAGCCGAGGCAAAACGACAAUGUUCAUCUGAGAUAAAGCCAACCAAGCCGAGGCUAUCCGAAGGUGUUUUAGCUCAAUCCGAAGGUGUUUUGGGCAACCCGAAUGUGGUUCAGCCGAAUCAAAUUGCAUCGGAGCCGAAAGUGGUUCACCUUUGCCGAGGUUCACUCUCGCCGAGAGCUCCUAGCUGAGGUUCAUCUUGCUGAAGAUCAGGCUCCCAGCCGAGGUUCACCUUUGCCGAGGUUUAAGCUUCCAACUGAGGUUCACUCUCGCUGAAGCUUAUCUCCUAUCUCCUACCCGAGGCUAGCCAUAGCCGAAGCCGAGUCCGAGCCGAAGGUUCAUCCGAACCGAAAUUGGUUCAUCUAAUGUCAAAUGUGGUUCAGCCGAACGAAAAUUUGUUCAUCUAAGCCACGCUAACCCGUGCUAAAGGUGGUUCGUCCGAGCCAAAGCUCAUCCGAGCCGAAGCUCCUCUAAGCCGAAGGUUGUUCAUUCGAGCCGAAGUUCGUCCAAGCCAAAGGUGGCUCAUCAGAACCGAGGUUGUGUGGCAAAAUAUGGUCGUCAUUUAGUUGUUCGCAUUGAUGAUUUCAAAAGCCUUUGCGUACAGACAUCCUCUGUAGCAACUGGAGGAAAUGGCAGCAGCCUAUCAGUUGCAGUUUCUGGGCGUUCAAUGAUGAAAUUUGAAAGUGGGUAUUUAGUUGAGACUGUAUUUGAUGGAAGUAAGCUUGGAAUUGAGCCUUAUUCUGUUGAAGUUUUACCCACUGGAGAGCUUCUUAUUGUGGAUUCUGCUAGUAGCAAUCUUUACAGGAUCUCUUCUGCACUUUCUCUUUACAGUAGACCUAAGCUGGUUGCUGGAUCACCUGAAGGAUACUCUGGACACGUUGAUGGGAAGUACAGGGAAGCGAGGUUGAAUCAUCCGAAAGGUGUUGCUGUUGAUGACAGGGGGAAUAUUUAUGUCGCGGAUACUAUGGAUAUGGCAAUCAGGAAGAUCUGUGAUACAGGAGUCACAACAAUUGCUGGUGGGAAAUGGAGUAACAGAGGUGGUCAUGUUGAUGGACCGAGUGAUGAAGCAAAGUUCUCCAAUGACUUUGAUGUUGUCUAUGUUGGAAGCAGCUGUUCCUUGCUGGUCAUUGAUAGGGGAAAUCGGGCGAUCAGGGAAAUUCAUCUCCAUUUUGAUGACUGUGCUUAUCAAUAUGAAAGCAGCUUCCCUCUUGGAAUUGCUGUACUUCUUGCUGCUGGAUUUUUCGGCUACAUGCUGGCCCUAUUGCAGCGGCGAGUUGGUUCUAUUGUGUCUUCUCAGAAUGAUGCCAAAAUAAUAUUUGGCUUUUCUUAUGAUAAUUCUUCUCAUUUUCCUGGUUUUCAUGGCUCUUUGAUGGAAUUCCUUGUUAAGGGUACUGAAUAUGUUCAAGCCCAGGGUGGCAGAUACCGAAGUCCGGAAGAAGUUCCAUUCUUUCCUGAUCACUUACCACCUCCAUUAGUACACCGCCCUUUAAAUUGUUCGCAGGAUUUGCCUCCUGCUGCAGCAUCUGUCAAUGUAAGCUAGAAAAUAUGGGACUUUUAUGUUAACCAAUUUCUACCUCUACUGGCUGCUAAGGGUGAUGAUGGAAAUUAUGCUUUAGGUGUGGCUUCUGAUCUAGCGUGUUUGCAGGUGUUAUCAAGGAGAAUACAUUUUGGAAAAUAUGUAGCUGAAGUAAAGUUCAGAAGCGAGACUGAAGCAUACAGUGCUGCCAUUCGCGCAAAAGACAAAGAUAUCUUAUGAACCUAUUGACAGAUAGUAAAGUGGAAGCGAUGGUGAAGCAAAGAACUGAGAAGAAAGCCAAGGUUUUUGGGCACGAAGUAACCCUCAAUGACACAAGUAAUUCCAAUGACUACAAGGUUGAUCCUUCAUUGGUCUCUCGUCUUUAUGAUGAAUGGGUGAUUCCUCUGACUAAAGAUGUUGAAGUUGAAUACCUUCUCCGGCGUCUAGAUUGACAUUUGAAUUUGUAUUUAGCAUUGUUCAAUUGAUAAUGGUGAGAUUGAUAACUUGGACUAAUGAAGUUAACAUUCUCAAAAUCAAUCUUUCAUUUGGCAAAUUACUAAAUUCAUUAUUAAUGUACUCCAUUGAAUUACUAAUAUAUAUAAGUACUCGUAAUAUUAUUAUUGUG